GCGUCCUAGUGGCGGGUGUCUGCGUCUCAGGAUGGAGGGCCUACCUGCUGGCUAAGCUUAGAAAUUGGGUAAGGAAAGAAGCUUGGUGAUUGUUGGAAUCUACUUGAUUGGAAGGUCUUGCCAUUCAUCUGAAGAACAGAGGUACAUUAUAAAGUGCAACAUAUCCUGCUGCAUUCCGUGAGGAAAAUGGAUAUAGCAAGUCCCCCAACUUCCAAAUGCAUCACAUACUGGAAAAGGAAAGUGAAAUCUGAGUAUAUGCGGCUUCGGCAGCUCAAACGGCUCCAGGCAAAUAUGGGAGCGAAGGCUCUGUAUGUAGCAAAUUUUGCAAAGGUUCAAGAAAAAACCCAAAUCCUCAAUGAAGAAUGGAAGAAACUUCGUGUCCAGCCUGUUCAGCCAAUGAAGCCUGUGAGUGGGCACCCUUUUCUGAAAAAGUGUACCAUAGAGAGCAUCUUCCCAGGGUUUGACAGCCAGGACAUGCUGAUGAGGUCUCUGAACACUGUUGCAUUGGUUCCUAUCAUGUAUUCCUGGUCCCCUCUCCAGCAGAACUUCAUGGUGGAGGAUGAGACAGUUUUGUGCAAUAUUCCCUACAUGGGUGACGAAGUGAAGGAAGAAGAUGAGACUUUCAUCGAGGAGCUGAUCAAUAACUAUGAUGGCAAAGUCCACGGGGAAGAAGAGAUGAUCCCUGGAUCUGUGCUGAUCAGUGAUGCUGUGUUUCUGGAGUUGGUCGAUGCCCUCAAUCAGUACUCAGAUGAGGAGGACGAUGGGCACAAUGACACCUCCGAUGGAAAGCAAGAUGACAGCAAAGAGGACCUGCCGGUAACAAGAAAGCGGAAACGCCUUGCUAUGGAAGGCAACAAAAAGAGUUCCAAGAAGCAGUUUCCAAAUGACAUGAUCUUCAGUGCCAUUGCUUCCAUGUUCCCUGAGAAUGGUGUCCCAGAUGACAUGAAGGAGAGGUAUCGAGAGCUGACAGAGAUGUCAGACCCCAACGCACUUCCCCCUCAGUGCACCCCCAACAUCGACGGCCCCAAUGCUAAGUCAGUGCAGCGGGAGCAGUCUCUGCACUCCUUCCACACCCUUUUCUGCCGGCGCUGUUUUAAAUACGACUGCUUCCUUCACCCUUUCCAUGCCACCCCUAAUGUAUACAAACGCAAGAACAAGGAGAUCAAGAUCGAGCCGGAACCGUGCGGCACAGACUGCUUCCUUUUGCUGGAAGGAGCAAAGGAGUAUGCCAUGCUGCAUAACCCUCGGUCCAAGUGCUCUGGGCGCCGCCGCCGAAGGCACCCAGUGGUCAGUGCUUCCUGUUCCAAUACGUCAAACUCUGCUAUAGCUGAGACUAAAGAAGGAGACAGUGAUAGAGACACUGGCAAUGACUGGGCCUCCAGUUCUUCAGAGGCUAACUCUCGCUGUCAGACCCCCACGAAACAGAAAGCUAGUCCAGCCCCACCUCAGCUCUGUGUUGUGGAAGCCCCCUCAGAGCCUGUGGAAUGGACUGGAGCUGAAGAAUCUCUUUUCCGAGUCUUCCAUGGCACCUACUUCAACAACUUCUGCUCAAUAGCCAGGCUUCUGGGGACAAAGACAUGCAAACAGGUCUUUCAGUUUGCAGUCAAAGAAUCACUUAUCCUGAAGCUGCCAACAGAUGAGCUCAUGAACCCUGCACAGAAGAAGAAAAGAAAACACAGGUUGUGGGCCGCACACUGCAGGAAAAUCCAGCUAAAGAAAGAUAACAAUUCUACACAAGUGUAUAACUACCAACCCUGUGACCACCCGGACCGUCCCUGUGACAGCACAUGCCCCUGCAUCAUGACCCAGAACUUUUGUGAAAAGUUCUGUCAGUGCAGCCCAGACUGCCAGAAUCGUUUUCCUGGUUGUCGCUGUAAGACUCAGUGCAAUACCAAGCAAUGUCCAUGCUAUUUGGCAGUUCGUGAGUGUGACCCUGACUUGUGCCUCACCUGUGGGGCCUCAGAGCACUGGGACUGUAAGGUGGUGUCUUGCAAAAACUGCAGCAUCCAGCGUGGCCUCAAAAAGCACCUGCUGCUGGCCCCUUCCGAUGUGGCCGGAUGGGGCACCUUCAUCAAGGAGUCUGUGCAGAAGAAUGAAUUCAUUUCUGAAUAUUGUGGUGAGCUCAUCUCUCAGGAUGAGGCUGAUCGACGAGGGAAGGUCUAUGAUAAAUAUAUGUCCAGCUUCCUCUUCAACCUCAACAAUGAUUUUGUAGUGGAUGCUACCCGGAAAGGAAACAAAAUUCGCUUUGCAAACCAUUCAGUGAACCCCAACUGUUAUGCCAAAGUGGUCAUGGUGAACGGAGACCACCGCAUUGGGAUCUUUGCCAAGAGAGCGAUUCAGGCUGGUGAAGAGCUCUUCUUUGAUUAUAGGUACAGCCAAGCUGAUGCCCUCAAGUAUGUGGGCAUUGAGAGGGAAACGGACGUCUUCUAGCCCUCUGGGCCCCGUGCCAGUGCUGUGGUGGCAGCACUGUCAUGGCUUCAGGCAUACACCACUGCUGCUCCAGCUCCUGCAAUGUCUUCCAUGCUGAGAAACCCCACCCACUCCUGCAUAACUAGGCCUCCACUCUAUUCCAAGGGGACACACUGCCUCAGUGAGAGGGGAAACAGAGGCGGUGAAGACCUGCUCUCCCAGGAGAGUUCAGAUGUGAGAAGCUGCACUUCCAUGUCAGAGGAGGAGGUUGUGGGCUUGGGAUGAUAUCAGUGCUUGAUUUUUCCUCAGCUCCCAAGCUGUGGGCCCUCAGGAAUCUACAGUGCUACCAUUUUAGCUUUCUCAAUCAAGAGUUCUUCUGUCAAUGGCUGUCAGGCAUUGCUAAGUGAAACCAGGUCCCUGGAGCCUACAGGUGCUCAAGGUUAAAGGUGAGCCUGGCAGGCAUUGCAGACAGAACUCAGAGGGAGAUGUGUCUCCAUGACAUCAAAGCAGAAUUUAAGGAUACAGGAGGGAAAGCUAAGUUUCCCCAUCCUCUGGACAUAGGGAGAGCCAGCUAGACCCUGGGAAAAGACUUAUAGAUUAUGGUGGUAGUAGGGCAUUCUCAGGCUCCCAGGAAUGUGUGCCAGUGACCAGACUCCUUCCAAAGUUCUGGUUCAGUGGCAGCAUGCCUACAGUGGCUGAGCGUGGGCUAAGCCUGGUUGGGAGUGAGUAUUCUGGGUCAGUGAAGCCACAGGUGUCCUCAGGCCCUCCUUCCUCAGGCUUAUCUGUGGAGCAGCUUCGCUUCUUUCUUCAGGGUAGCUGGCUCUUAAUCUAGACUAGAGGGAGAUGUUACUGGUCUGGUUUACCCCAUCUGUAGUACCUGCUGUUGGUUGUGUUUACAGGUGGGUGAGGGGUGCUGUUGCUUGUUUAGGAGGGUGUCACAGUGCAGGGCAGACUGGCAAGCAGACCAUCCUCCCUGGGAUUCAUAGAGAACAAAGCACUUUAACUCUCUUUUAGAAGGUUUGUAGAUUGGAGUGGAGUUUGAGCCAAGGCCUCUGCCUGAAUCCCACUUCUGGAGGAAGAGGAGAGUGGAAGAUUCUUCAGUUCUAUCUCAUCUGAGAGGCAGGAGGAGCUGGCUUGACACAAGAACAAAAACUAGUCAGCAUAGCUGCCUGGGGUCUGGUGUGCUGAGAACCAGGGGCAUGUUCUGGAAAGGGCUUGGGCAGUGACAGCUGCCCUAGGUAGUGGUAGAAUUGGGGCAGGCUUCUUGCUUCCAGGAGACCCAGAGCUCCUGUGGUCCUUGCUAACCAUUCCCUUCUCCCACCAAAGAAACCAGGCUCCCUUCCACCACACCGCCUCUUAGAGCCUUGCAUGGGACAUAUGUGCUUGUGCACAUACACAUUCCUUCACUACACUGGUAGGUCCAUGUGUUCCUCACACUCAGUACACACCCCACAGCUCCUGCCAGUAGCCUCUCCCCACACACCAAUUGGGCCAGUCCCUACCACAGUUCUGAAAUUGACAUCUGCCAGUGGUUUGUGUCUGUUGUAUGUAUCAGGGAUACCCUCAAGCCUAAUUGUAGGCGCUGAAUUACUUACUCUGGGAAACCAGAGACAGGUGGAGGAGCGACUGGUCAUGAGAAUGCUUUAAAAUGUGUUGGCUCCAAACUGACCGCGGCCUUCCCUCCGCAAGCAUCACUGGCAGCCCCUCCUUCCGCAGUUCAGGCCAAUAAUACUUACGCUCCUCCAGCCGCUCAUUCUUGGUUCCUACUGUCCUCUAUUUUUAAUGACGGGUUUCACCCCUCCUCUCCACUUCUGCCCCACAUCAUGUAAAAUGAUAAAGUGAGGUGCUGUGGACUGGUGGGGAACUGGCAUACAUGUGGCUUUAUUGCCAGUGAAUUUCUUGCACUUUAAAGUCCUGUGGCUUGUGACCUCGUAUCUAAUAAAGUGUUAGAGUCCAUUUUGGCAA